UUUGAAUCUACAUUUUUAGUCUUUUAGAAGCUUAGGUUGAAGUUUUGCAAGAACAAUUUCCCGAAGUUGAUCUCAUAUCUAAUUUAGUCACCAUAAAAGAGAGGUUCUUGUUGGCAAAUCUAGUAAGUUUCACGAUAUUUCAAGAGUCUCUGACAUUCUGACUUGUGGUAGAAAAGAAACUCACAGGCGUGUGUCCCACUAGGCAUAUGUAUGCCAAGCUAUUCUUAUUGCUAACCACAAAGGGUUAAUCUUCAUUGUCUCUUUCUGUAUUAGACAUAGUCCAACAGGCAACAGCAACAACCGAAGUAUCAAAGACCUCACAUUUACAUAACCAAAGAAAAAGGAACCAAUAAUCUUUUUACUUGAAUGAAGUAUAAGAUUUCACGUCACUCACCUGAAGUAGCCACAUAAGCUGUUCUUGCAAACAUUGCGGUGAAAAUUCGACCCAAAGAGAAGAGCUUUCAACUAUAGCUUCACUCUUCUGUUCUUCUCUCAGGAAUUUCUAAUGUUUUGGGUUCUUGCGUUGCAGAACUCUAAUGACAAACAAUAAAGAGAGUGAAACCUUAACUUCAGGUGAUAGUUCAUUUGGAAAGCUUCCUGAUCAUCUCCUGAUAGAAAUCUUCAUCCGAGUUCCUGUCUCAGAAUGGGUACGGAUAUGCUGUGUAAGAAAACAGUGGGCAAAUCUGUUUCGUGGAGAAUGCUUGUGGCAAGCUGCUCUUUCUACGACAUUUCCUUUGGCUAGCAAAGCUAAAAGUUGGCCUGGACCUAUCUCUCGAGGUUUGAGCAAGAGGAGAUUUGCUGCUUUAUAUGUCAGUCAGCACAUCUUUGCUUUAGAUGGUGAGACGGAUGAGAUAGUGGGGCAUACUUAUUUGUAUCUAAAAGAGCAGCUUGAGCUUUCAUCUAUGCCACCCCCAUCUGGUAUACUGCACGGAACCAUAAUAGAUCAGUUUAUUGCUUGUGGUAAAUCGAGAGACUUGGCUCAUGAGCUUGCUUCCCUGAUAUGGUUGGCUGUUCUCGACAAUUUGGAGGAAACCGAACACACUUUUCAAAUACUUAAACGUCUUGCACAAGAGGGGGAUGUUUUUCUUCCAUAUCCUUACUCGAGAUCAAUUAAAGUCCAAUGGAAGGUGUUUGAAAAGCUUUUCACAGAUUUUCGUGACUGCCUCAACCAUGUGGAUUACUAUGAUGUAUUGGCUUGUGCAAAGAACAAGUUUCAGCCAAUACCAUCCCCUUGGUUAGGUCACUAGUCGACAUCAUCUGCAUAUUCAGUAUUCACGAGUAUUUGUACAUAUAUGAAGGUUAAUCUUGCAGACGCCUUGUGUCUAUCUGGUCCUGAUGAAGACAUUCUCCAUCUAAUUUUCUGAACUGUCCUACAUCAUAGAGCUAAUCACAUCCAUAUUGCCAAUAUUUUCAUCACUUGUGCUUAUAUUUUUGAUUGGGGAAGAGAAAUGGCUUGAAAUUUGUUGUACAUUGGCCUAAUAAACAGAGAAAGUGCCGUUAUACAUAUUGUAUUAUUGAUUGUUAGCAUGGUAAUGAUA